AGAUAGGCAAACGGUCAACAUCGAUGCCACAAGCUGUCAACGAAAAGCCACAAUCUCUUGAACUUCGUAAUCCCAGUACAAUUACAAAUACCAGCGCCGAGAUGGAGCAAGGACCAUUUCCCCGCGUCACAAUCCAAUUCUGCACGCAAUGCAAAUGGAUGUUGAGGGCAGCAUACUUUGCUCAAGAGCUUCUGUCGACUUUCUCAACAUCGCUUGGAGAAGUGGCAUUACAACCCUCGACGGGAGGGACGUUUGUGGUGCAUUUGUAUAAUGCUGUUCCUGAUGGUUCUGGAGUUGAAGGAAAGGUGACCAUACAGCAACAUUUGUUGUGGGAUCGCAAAGCAGAAGGUGGCUUUCCAGAAACAAAAGAACUCAAACGCCGCGUCCGCGACAUAAUCGACCCCUCUCGCGAUCUCGGACACGUAGACGGCAAGAAAAGCACCCCAAAACCUCCUCCUACUACCACUCAACCAACAGCCCUCCCUCGAGCCAUCAACCGUCUCCAAUCCUCUGACUCUGCAACGGGAGAGAGGAAGUUUACGCCCAUGGAUGUAGACGUUAAUUCCAGACCUGGUUCCAGUGGGGCGGAGAAGGUGGUUGUGGAGGAGCAGGAAGGAACGGGGGUUUGUAGACCGAGCGAAGAUUGUGAGGAUUGUGGUUGAUGGUCAACAUUUGGACAAAUGAGAGAUGGAGAUGGAAUAACCGAUAUGUAGAAAUAAGGUAAUGCUUUAUGUUUAAUGAGUAACGGAC